AUGAACGUGACACGGGAAAGCACCGCAUCAAAUGACCAGGACAGCGGACAUGGAGACUCCCUGGACACUACAGGCGUUCAGACUAACGGAAGCGUAAUCUCCAAGCCCCUGAACCCGAAGCUGAUGAGUCUCUCCUCAAACCGCUACUUCGGCAAUUUCGCCACGCUCGGUGGAUUGAGUCCAGUCUACGGCAAUCAGACUAUAAAUUCGACUCGCAAGGGCUAUACCGACGAAAAUAAGGACACUUUCACUUGGAGCAGACGCCCCUCAUCACGCGAGGCUACCCAACUGUCAAUGGAGGGUAGAGUGCGGGCUACCGUCGUUGACCCGGUCAGCCAUCCCGAGGUCGAUCUCCUGCUUCCCAAAGAUAACUGUUCAACCUUCAUCUAA